AUGCCAAUGGCUUCUGCUUCUCGUCUGCUUGGCCAGCAGAUACGCGUUUGCUACCAAGCCCGCCCAAGCGCGUUUACAGCAGUAACUUUGCGGAGAGGAUUCAAAGCUGACGCAGGAUCGAAAUCAAGAAUCCCAGAUUUUGCUUUCGCAUUUGAUAUAGAUGGCGUUCUCCUCCGAGCUUCUCGUCCCCUUCCGGGGGCUGCUAGAUCCCUCUCGCUUCUCGAGAAGAAUCGAAUCCCGUUCAUAUUGUUGACGAAUGGCGGCGGUAUGUCUGAGUUUGAGAGAAUCGGACAAUUGAACGAUCGAUUGGGCCUUCAGCUUGAUCAUAGUCGCAUUAUUCAGAGUCACACCCCUUUCGCGGAGCUGGUCGCAGGCAAGAAGGAGCAAGAACCGUUGGCAGAUAAAUGCGUGCUGGUUGUUGGUGGGCCAGAGGAUAAAUGUCGCAAUGUGGCUAAGCAAUACGGAUUCAAGUCUGUGGUGACCCCUGCUGAUAUCUUCAUGGCACAUCCUUCAAUCUGGCCGUUUUCAACGGGUUUUCACGAUUACUAUAAACGAUUUGCACAGCCUAUCUCGAUGCCAAUCAAUGGAGAAUCCCCCGGAAACCUGAAAGUCGACGCCAUACUGGUCUUUAACGAUCCAAGGGAUUGGGCGUUAGAUAUCCAAGUCAUCGUCGACUUGCUGCUCUCGCGCCAAGGCGUUGUCGGAACCUACUCUGACAAGAACAAUCGGAAGGAUUUGCCAAACCGCGGCUAUCAACAAGAUGGACAGCCUAAGCUAUACUUUUCUAAUCCGGAUUUAUUAUGGGCUGCAGCGUAUCAUCUACCACGACUUGGCCAAGGAGGAUUCGCCGCAGCGCUGCAGGGAGUUUGGGGUGCUCUCACCGGUGGCCCUUCUACUGGUGUGCAACUACAAAGCACAGUCAUUGGUAAACCUCAUCAGUCUACUUAUGAGUUCGCUGAGAAACGUUUAAUUGAACAGAGAGAAAGCUCCUUCAAAGGAGCAGAUUUGGUUCCCCUUCGUGACGUUUAUAUGAUUGGUGAUAACCCUGAAUCUGAUAUUAGAGGAGCCAAUUCCUUUCAAAGUGCCACUGGGACCGAUUGGACAUCCAUACUCGUGAAAACAGGGGUCUACCGCGGCGCUGAACCAGCCUGGCAGCCGAAGGUUAUUGUGAACGGGGUCCAGGAUGCUGUUGAGUGGGCUUUGAGAGAAUCCCAGUGGCCGGUCGUUUGA